AUGGCUUCGGAGGUGGCCGAGCUGGAGUUGCACUUGGUGCAGGACGUCGAACUGACCCGGUGCAUGCGUCUGCGCGUCGAGAGCCUCCAGCAGAGGAAUGAGAAACCACAAGACGGGGAGAAGCUGCUGCAAGCCAACGAGUUCGUCUACCGGCUAGACUUCUCCCGCCAGCACGGCCUCCGCUUCCUGCGCUGGAACGUGGUCCUGGAGAAGCCCGGCAAGGUCACCAUCAUCGGCACCUCCCAGCAUUGGACGCCGGACCUCACCAAUCUCAUGCGCAGGCAGCUUCUGGAGCCUGUGGCCGUCUUCUGGAAGAAGGCGGGCGCCCAGGAGGUCGAUUGGAACGAGGCUGAUGCUCUGGAGUUCGGGGAGAGGCUGGUGGAGCUGGCCAGGAUCCGGAAAGUCAUGUAUUUCCUCCUGGCGUACACAGACGGCCUGGAACCAGCCCAGCUCAAGUGCUCAGUCGUGUUCAAAGUCUGA